AUGUCUCUCAAAAAGUGGAAGAAAAUAGAGCUGCUGGACCUCGCAGACAAGCUCGACGUGCACGUGGCGCACUCGUCGACCAAGGCCAAGAUCGCAGACGCGAUCGACGCGCAUCUCAGCGCGCUCGAGACGCCGCUGGACUUGCAAGAGUUCCCAGAGCUCGCUGCGUACUACGAGGCCGCGUCCGCCAGCGAAUCCGGCGACGACGUGGAGCGCGGUGAGCUGGGCGCGGUUACCCGGGCCGGCGCGGCCGGGGAUUCCGAGGGCGGCUCGGAUGUCACCGUGGACGGCGACGGCGACGGCGAUGUCACGGCCGACGGCGGCGACGACGACGAAGACGUCUCCGACGCCGACGCCGACGCCGACGCCAAGCCCGCCUGGUUCUCCAAGCUCGACUUCGCCACCGUCGCGCCCGCCAGCUCCGGCUUCGCCUUCAAGUUCCACGAGUUCCUGCACGACGUGCGCGCACGCGCGCGCGAGGCCAACGAAGCCGUGCAGGACGCGCUCUCCACCAUCCCCGCCGUCGACGCGCUCUUCAUGGCCGUCGAGCUCUACGUGUACGUGGUGGCGCCGCGCGUCGCCGUCGCGCGGACCGCGCCCUACGUCGCGGUCGCCGCCGGCUGGCGCGAGCUGCUGGCGUUGCUGGCGUUCUGGUCCGCGUGGUCGCUCGCCGUGCCCGCGUUCGUCGCCUACUACGUCAACUUCAUCCGCUACGACCUGCCGGACGUGGCCGUCGACCCCAUGGUCUUCCACGUGACCAAGGCCCUGCUCGCGCUCUUGCUCACGCAGUGGCAGCCCUCGUUCGCCGACGAGGCCUCCUACACCGUCAAGGAGGUCGCCGGCACCGCCUCCGCCCUCGAUGCCGUGGCCCACUGGUUCCGCUUCGCGCUGGUCGAGUGGCGCCUCCAGCUCGGCCUCACGCCUUUCGUCAUGGCCACCGCGGGCGCCGCGCUGUGUCUAUACGUGCUGUGA